UUACAUUUUAAUAGUACAUGUUUUCGAGAAAACUAUUCAAAAUGCACGUGUAAAUUGAUGUGAAUACUGCACAUACAAAGACUGUUUGGACGCGGCUGAAUUCCGCCAUAUUAGAAGUUCGGGCAUGAUUCCAGUACGGAUUUGGCAAUAUUUUUCAUAAUCCAUUGCCAUCUCCCACUUUUGUGGUAAUUCCUGCUUUUAUUUCCCAACAAGAUAAUCAACGAUGGCACAAGCUACGGGUACACUAGCUUUUGACGAGUACGGAAGACCGUUUUUCAUCAUAAGAGACCAGGGUUCUUCGUCUCGAAUCAGCGGCGAAGCGGCUACUAAGUCUCACAUCUUGGCAGCUAAAGCAGUGGCUGGUAUUCUUAAGAGUUCCCUGGGACCCAAUGGUUUGGAUAAAAUGAUGGUGAGUCCUGAUGGCGAAGUAACAGUGACGAAUGAUGGUGCUACAAUAUUGAGUCAGAUGGAUGUUGAUCAUCAAAUUGCAAAGUUAAUGGUACAGUUGUCAAAGUCCCAAGAUGAUGAAAUUGGUGAUGGUACUACAGGAGUUGUUGUCAUCGCAGGUGCCCUGCUAGAACAAGCCGGACAGCUUAUAGACCGUGGUAUACAUCCCAUUCGUAUUGCCGAUGGUUACGAUUUAGCAUCACGUAUAGCUCUCAAGAAAUUGGACGAGAUUGGUGAUAGCUUUCCUGUAGAUUUAAACAACAAAGAACCCCUUAUACUAACUGCUAUGACUUCAUUGGGGUCCAAAAUUAUAAAUCGGUGUCAUCGUUCCAUGGCAGAAAUAGCAGUGGAUGCAAUUCUCUCUGUCGCUGAUUUAGAACGUAAAGAUGUAGACUUUGAACUUAUUAAAGUUGAUGGUAAAGUGGGAGGUAAAUUAGAAGAUACUGUCUUAGUAAGAGGUGUUGUGGUAGAUAAAGAUUUCAGUCAUCCACAAAUGCCUAAGACAAUUAAAGAUGCUAAGAUUGCUAUCCUAACGUGUCCCUUUGAACCACCUAAACCGAAAACUAAACACAAGUUAGACGUCUCAUCGGUCGAGGACUACAACAAGUUACGGGAAUACGAAACUAAGAAGUUUGAUCAGAUGGUGUCACAAGUUUUAGAUGCUGGAGCAAAUUUGGCAAUAUGUCAAUGGGGAUUUGAUGACGAAGCUAAUCAUUUAUUAUUACAAAGAAAACUACCUGCCGUACGAUGGGUUGGUGGACCGGAAAUUGAGUUAAUAGCAAUUGCCACUGGUGGACGUAUUGUUCCCAGAUUUGAAGAGUUGUCAACUGAAAAACUUGGCAAGGCGGGCAUCGUUAGAGAAUUGUCAUUUGGUACAACGAAAGACAAGAUGUUGGUGAUAGAAGAUUGCCAGAACUCAAGAGCUGUUACUAUAUUCAUCAGAGGAGGAAAUAAGAUGAUAAUUGAAGAAGCUAAGCGCAGUUUACACGAUGCUCUUUGCGUAAUUCGUAAUUUAGUUCGUGAUAACCGUAUUGUAUAUGGUGGAGGAGCAGCUGAAAUAGCUUGUGCCCUUGCUGUCAGUGAAGAAGCAGAUAAGAUUUCUACGAUUGAGCAGUAUGCAAUGAGAGCAUUUUCUGAUGCAUUAGAGAGCGUACCAAUGUCGCUUGCCGAAAACAGCGGUUUACACCCAAUCAAAACUCUAGCCGAUGUGAAAUCUAGACAGUUGAAGGAAAACAAUCCUAGGCUUGGAAUUGAUUGUAUGAGCAAGGGCACUAACGAUAUGAAAGAGCAACAUGUGAUAGAGACACUUCUAGCCAAGAAACAACAGAUUAGUUUAGCAACUCAACUUGUACGAAUGAUUCUGAAGAUAGAUGAUAUUCGAACUCCUGGUGAUGCAGCUGGUUACUGAACUUGUUAGAUAUAAGUGUUGAAAACCUAUUGUCUUGUGUCCAUGUUGCCAGCAUGCGUGGUCUGCAACAUUUACAAUUACGACUUUUCCUCUCAAAAUAUAUUGAUGUUAUGCUAUCAAUAUUGUCUUACUAAAUAUGCAAAAAUGCUGCAGUGUUUGUAAUCAUGUGACCAGUCGGUCUGCUACAGUGAUGACGAAUCAACGUUUCUAGACGUCGCAAACUAGUGCUCCCUAAAACAAUUAAAAAACUGCAAAUUUGUCAGCUCCAAACUGUAAAAUUUGUGUUUGCAAAAUACUUUUUUUUUUUUUAAGAAGCACUUGUUUUCAGAGAACGUUAUGAACAUAAUAUUUAAGAAGACUUUUGAAGCUUCAUGUACUUUUGUCCACUGUAAUGUUCUUGUAAUAAAAUUUGCAAGUUUUUGUAUG